CGUGUAUAUCACUAUCAUGUUUUUUUUUUUUUUCUAUUUUUUUUUUUUUACAUUCAAGGGGCGGUCUUUCAAGCUGGGAAGGUAAAUAUUACCGACACUUCCCAAAACAACCAUGGUUGCCAAGCCGUUUCCUUCGAAACUCAAUUCCAGGGUUCGGGAGAUGUAAAGGUGUUGGCGACGCUCAGUCACGGAAACAAAUAUGUUAAAAUCCACGACCCAGCGUCUCUUUGGGUGAAGUCGGUGUCAACAACAGGUUUUGAAGCCUGCGUGCGCGAAGCAGGAAGUGGCUCUGGUGGCACGUCUGUUAUCAACUGGCUUGCAUUUCAAGGUUCGCAUCAAGGCAUAAACUCAGGGAUCGCGGAAUUUAAUGAAUUCACGUCACGAACACAAUGCAAGAAGAUAUCGCUAAGCAUUCAGAAUCAGGUAACUUCGCGAUGUUAUCCAAUUCAUUCAUGACAUUCAUUUAGUUUUCCAUUUUAGUUUUAAAGUCAAUACUCAUGAAAAACCCGUAACUCAACUUCGGCCUUAAGGGAAAAAAUAACUAAAACGCGCGUGACUACUUCAUAUCAGUAAAAUUCCAAAAAAUAGCAUUGUUUUGUAGAUUGUUUAAAUACUACGCCUGCAAAAAUCACCAAAAAAUAUAAUGGUUGUAGCCCUCCAUGAUGAAAGUUGUUUGAUAUCUUCUUCAUGGCUCGGCAGGAACAUUUAAUGCAUGGAUAAAUGGACACAGAGAUUACUUCAGCACAGAAUUUGCCCAAAGCAGCAAUAUCAUCGUGUCAUAUCCCCAUCGUGAAUCGACCAUUUUCCCUAUUUCUUGUUUGCUGUUCAAGAUCUCCUCCUCACUCUGGCAAAUCGCCGUAUGCAAAAUCGAGUAACUCUUCAAAGCCGCAAUGAAGUCGUUAACGUCAGUCCUUACCGUCAGUCACUGUUAAUCAGGUCCUCUUCGGGACAAAGGACGAAAAUCAUAUCUAAGCUCAGUACUUGUACUUAUUGGGUGAUUUUUCCUCUUCUUCUAGAUAAAACCUCAAGUGUUUGUAACCGUUCAACAUAAACAUUCUAACCGUCCUUUUGAUUCCAUGAACAUCUGGCUAGAAGAGGUCGAAGCAGACGGCUUCGUUGUUUGCUUGAGAGAGUUUAUGAGUUUCGACGGUAUCCAUACCGGACUUAAAGUGGUGAGUUUUAAAAAAUUUAGCCCAGUCUUCGACUAUUACGUUUUUCUUCGUCCUUGCUUGUCAUCAAUUAAAUUCAAAAUUAAAUCUGAUUGUAUGGAAGCUAAUUAAAAACCUGGUGGUUAGUUUGGCCUCCCCUUAUAAAUUACGUAAAAAUUAUAUUAGAAGAAUUGAUAAGCUAUGGGUUCAGACAAUAAAUGCAACAAGGCGACAUCUUAGUGACGUCAAAUUACGUCACUGUGUCAAUCACAUUACAACUACUUGUUGGAAUGAUGAUUACACUAUUUCGUGUAAAUUUAGUGGCGGUCUCAUGAGUGGUUAUAGAGUUCUCGAAGGGGCCUUCGAAGGCCCCUUCUCCCUCCAAUUUCCAGGGAGCCCAAAAACGCUCAGUCAGAAUAGUGUUAAAUAUAGGUCAUGGUAUUUUGCUUCUUUCUCAGACUCCAGAUACAAAUUUUUCUCAGGGUUCCCACCUUCAUUUUAAGUUUUCUUAAAAACCAUAAGGAAAGACACUUAAUGCUGUGACUGUUACUUGCGUCCACCUUUUCAGAACUGGCUUGCUUAUGAUUUGCUACCUGAGGCUUGGAAUUUUACUGAGCAAGGAAGGCUUCAUUUUUCUGGACUUGGUGCACCAAAGAAAGAGAGCAAUUACGCCUUUUGUCAGGUUGGAAAUAUGACGUUUUUUAAUGAUACAUUCAAUUUUUAUUGACUUAACCCUUGGACGUACAAAAGGGGAUGGAUGCCACCCACCCAUAAGGUUUUUCUGAGUUUUUUCCUAGAGGAUAAAAUAUCAGUACCAGACGUUUUCAGUUCGUUCAUCCGUCGCGCACAUUUUGAGAGAAGUUUAAUGAUGGUCAGUUGCUAUGGUUACGAUAUAUGACGUCAUAAGUAGCGGGUGGUCAAGCCAAUUUUGGGUGAAAAUACAUGUUUUUUCAACUUCUUUCAACAAUAAAAGUAAAUAUUGUGGCUAAAAUCAUACAAAGUGCUUGUUUAUGUGUUAUUUGUCAUUUAAAGCACAAAAAUUACCAGGUUUUCCACUAGAGGUAAAAUGGUUUCAAAAUACUGCAACAUAUCAAAAACUCCAGGGAGGGGUUCCAUCCACCCCCCCCCACCCUUGUACCUGAAUUUGCAUGUACGUCAGAGGGUUAACUUACAAACUCAAGCCCUUAAACCAACGUGGUUAACAAUCAACGUUUGUGUUGUUACAGUGACUGACGUUUCGACUACGUUCAAUCAACCUUUGUGUUGUGUAUUUCUCAUUUCUUUGAGGGACACUGUAGCAUCGGCGUAUUGUGCAUUUUUGAAAUAAGAGUUUAAGGUGAUUCCCUACUUUUGCACUGCGCAUCUCUUACUGCGCAGAACAAGAUGGCUGCCGUAAAAAAGAGCAUGUGAAGUAAUAUUAUUAAAAUGAAGUUGACUGAAGAGAAACGCUAUUGGAAUUUUUGCUUGCUGUUGUUUCUUGCCGAGGUGAGACUCAAUGUGUUGGGAAUGUGCAUAACGUAAGCAGUACGCGUGUUGCUGAGUUCGACCUCCUCUCGGAGAACCUCGAUAGUGGGUGUUUAACUUAUGCUUACUCACUUUGAUUUUCAUUUAAACACUUUCUUUAUGACAGUGUGUCCUAAAUGUGAUAUCUCGAUGUAAAUUCUGUAAAAACGGAUUUUUUAAUACUUUCUUCCCCCUUUCACAUACAUUCUAUUUUCAAACUCGCCCCAGUCCUCUCUCAAAAAUCGGAGAAAAUGCGUUUGGUGCGCACUUUCUGCAGCUCGACCGCAAAAACGAGUACGGUGACCCCCAUUUUUUAUUUCAUGAUUUUAAUAAGGACAGUGCUUCCUUUCGAUGAGAAAAAAAUUGGCACAAAUCUAUGUUCAGUUUUUUGGCAAUUUUACUAAAUUGUACGGAUUGAGCUAUCACUGGUCGAAUAGCGCGUGUAUAAUUGAAUUCUACUUUGGAGCGUAAAAUAAAAACAGGAACAUUAAAAGGUAUUUUUCUGGUAUGUAAGUGGAUAAACAAUACAAUAAAGUUAAAUUCUGUGCGAUACCACAUGCAUCAUCGAAAAAAUCUCUCGUUUUAGUUUUGGGCUGCUCGCGGUUUUUGACAUAGGGUCCAAAAUAGCCGUAUUUCUCAGCAUUGUGACGUCAAAACGAGCACGGUGACCCCCACGUUUUAUUACUUUUUUAUCAUCUUCUUGACUUGUUACAUCAGUGUACCAAGUUUUAGCUACAAUCUAUGUUGGGUUCUUUUACUAUGGAAUCACCUUAACUCCAACAAGAGAUACAACCUUCUUGAUUCACAAGAGUUGUGUUUUAGAUUUGUUGACUGCAACGUGUUCAGGAGGUGCAUCCACUAUUAGAUAUAUUUUAUAGACCUAGAGUUUGCCUAAUCAUUUUCUUAAUGAACUGGGACAAUAUCACUUUCUUCAAAAGGAUCAAAGCGACAAUAUUUCUUUAAACAGUCAGAGGGAAAAUUGUUGUGUUUGCUAAAUCAUGAUUUAUAGGAUUAUAUGUUUGAGAAUCCAUUCUACGAGCCGCCCAAUAUUCUGGCAUCUGUCGGCCAUGAAAAUGGCACCAGGGAACUGUCAAUGAAGGCAGAUGGUCGCUAUAGCAACGCUUUGGCUGUCUGGAUUGAGGUGAGUAGCCUUGAGGAGACAUAAUAAAUUGAAACUUUUUCAAAAAUUUGCUGAUUAAAAUAGCUACCUUCGCUAAAGAGUAAAGCACUUAUAACUAAAGAAGAAGUUCGAAGUGGCACUUAACACUUGACGGCAAAUUCAAGCAAUAACUUGAAUCAUGAAGCUGAUUGUCACUUGCCGUACUCAUUUUCACCUGACUUUCUUCUUAAGGGAGGCUCUAUGGGUUCAUGGUUUAAAAACGGUCAUAUCCGUAGAUUGUGAUUGGUUGAUUACGAUCCAUUCUUUUUUCUAUUAUUAUUUAUUUCCGUGGUGAUUAUGACUGAAAUCUAACUUUCUCGGAAUGUAUUGUUAUUUUUAUGUAAUCCGAUUGGUCAUCUUUGUCUAGAUGGCCUCGGUUAUAGUAGUCGCACUGUAACAGACAGCAGCGUCCGUUAUAUAACCGUGAGAACUGUACGUCCGUUUAAACGAUUCAAAGUUGCUCUUGUCCUUAUUGCCCUAACUGGGCGCCCCUGUCUAAAAGCUAACAGGUCAAUACAAGCCUUUUAUUUAUUGGUAUAUUUGAUGUUAUUUUCCAGGAGAUGACUCGUUUGUCUUUCAAAGUGUGCAUCAAAGACAGUCAGGGAAUGAGCAAGUCUCACGAUCCAGUUACAGUGAACUAUGCAAUAGUGGGAGGUACGUUACUCUUAUAUUUGCUUAUUCUUUAAUUUCAAAGAUUUGUCUCUUCAUACCGGUUCGUCCUAUUAUCAAGGCAUUUCGACGUUGGGUCAAACGUCGAAUUGAAGAAAUGAAUUCUAAUACGAAUAAAGUCAGGUAAUUGGCACUGUAAAAACCUGUGAUCAAAUCUCGAAGAAAGAAGUUAUAAAAAAAAUGACGUUUAAAUAAGGACAGCAUCGUAUUGUAAAAAAAGUAACUCCCCAUUUCCUAUCUUUUUUUGCCAUCAAUUGUCUUUACAGGAAAAACAAAGCAAAACUUAAAAAAAUUAAAAAGCAGUUGCGCUGUCAAAGGAUGUAGGACGUCAGGUCAAUUUGCUAUUCAUACAAGUUCUGAUUUUGUUCUUGUUGUUUUUUUUUUGCCCUAAAGAUAUAGACCCGUGCACAAACGUUACUUGCGAUUACCAUGCCAUCUGCAAAGCUUUCUCUGCAUUUGAUGCCCGUUGUGUUUGUGAUGACAACUGCCCGUCGUACGAGGAGCCAGUGUGUUCAUCCAACUCAACAACAUUUAAGAACAAGUGCUUUUGUCUGCUGGACAUUUGCAGGCGCAAGAGUAACCACACUCUCUAUCAUCCCGGCAGUUGUACAGGUAAGAGAGCGGAUUAUAAGGAUUUUUUAAACCACGUUAACCAGCGUAUGCAGAGCUCUAGUGUUGUGAGAUAUGGUGCCGCUGAUGACUUACGACAUCACUCAAUUUGGCGGCCAUCUUUAGUACCACCUUGGAAUCACCGUUUUAAGCACAUGGCAUUUUCUGUGCAGCUGUAGGUCCAAAAUAAAUCAUGAUUAAAUAUUAUUUUGCUUAUUUUGGUACUGUUUUGAACGCAACAAAGUGCCAAUCAUACAGUGCCACUAUAUGAUUGUGUGAUUGUACAAUCAACUUUUAAUUUAAUUCCUCGCAUAUAGAAAGGAUUUUAUACGUUUUUUUUUCUCAUCCUCAUCAGGUAUUUGUAGGAUGCAUCUUUGUUUUGUCUUUAUGUUAACUUUAUGGCUGUUGUUGUUUGUUUGUUUGUUUUUUUUAUCGCUUUCGGCUCUAAUUAGCUUUGUUUUUCUUUUAUGUUGUAUCUUCUUUUUCUUGUUGUUCCUCGACAGGUUUUCCUGUUCAGACUGGGCGAGUUUCACUGAGGAGACAUGUACAGUGGGCAGAGACGGCCUGUGAAGUAGUGAAAUUUCCACCGUUUUCAUUCUAUCCCGACAAAGAAGUGCACGUACAGAUAACGACCAAUCACUGGAACAUAAGCGAGAAAAAUUUUAUACAUGAUGCUACUGUGUCCUGGGUGGAAACUGUUAACUUCGAGAAUUUUGAGGUGAAUAUUUUAAAGGAAGUUUUCAAUUCAAGUAUUACUCCAAGUAGUAAUUAGUGACCCUCUGCACAUUUUUCUUACAUCUCCAAGAGCUCUUGUUUACCUGUCAUAUUUCUGGCCAGUAAAAUACUAUUUGAACAUAUUUUAUUUUCACAACGAGUUACUAGCGGAGAUUUCGCGUCUUGCUAGCGCAGAGGGGCACUAUGGGUAAGAAAAUUUGGUUAUCUAUGCAUCCAAGAAAUUUUGGUUACUAACAAAAUCGUGCGUACGUACGUAGGACCGCGUCUUCAUGUUAACGGAUGUUAAAUGUCUUACUAGCCGUAAGUCCAAAACAUAUACAAAUUGUGUUUAACUCGAUUGUGGACAUCCAUGUUAUAAUCAAUUGACAGCUGUCAAAGUAGGGCAUCCCCAGACCAGUGUCACACGACUUUAUUGCGGGCUCAGGUGUGCUACUUAUUGAGGUGACGGUUUUUUAAGUUGUCAGCUGACCAGUUAUAGAAUCAAGUGAUCGCAGGCUUGGAAAACCUUUUUUCAGCAAGUCAGUUACCACAAGAGCUCCGCUUUUGACCUUGGCUAAAUAUAUAUAUCACCUUACCAUAUAAAAUAAACAUUAGCCAUUACAUUUAAUAUUUAGGUGUGCGUGACUGCAGCAGGAAGAAAUGAUCGCUUUAUCAAAGAAUUUGCCACGGUGGACUGGAUGGCCUACCAAGGUGCUCCUGAUGGAGGUGUGGCGGGUAAAAUGCGUAUUCCAGAAUGGUGGACUGGAUCACAGUGCUCAAAAGUCAGCCUUCCUCAGGCAAUAACACUUUAUUGUUACCUCUCAGCUGCAUCUUGUUUCGUUACAUAAACCACAAAAAAUAAUGACCUUUAAUUAAGUUUUCAAUAAGGUGAACAUUUGCUAUGCUGAUGUCAUAAGUACUAAACACUCCAGUUGUUAUCCAAUCAAAGAUAUUGUACUUGGACUUGGAGACAUGAGCUGCAAAGAGGCAGCCCAGUUCUGUCCGCGAAAUUCUUUCUGACACAUAGGCCAUUUUUAAACCUUUUUCAAUUUUUACACUAUUUGUCAGAGGGGGGAGAUAUUCUUAAAAAAAGCAUUAUUUGAUACAAAAAAAUAUAGGAGAAAGAAACUUGUACGGUCUAGGGCUAAAUUUGACAGUCGCGUUCAGACACCUGACCACGAUCCAAUGUCCUAUGAGCGUCCCGAUCAAGUGAAAUGUUAUUUUUUCCAAAUUUUACAUGCUAUUCUCCCAAUCAGCUUUGCUGUGUAUACUUAAUGAUUACCAAUUCAACUUUCUUACUGUUAUGAAUGGUUUUUUUAACAGGGAAAAUUUGCGUCUACACCAACGGUCCUGGUUUCAGCAGAACAUAUAAGUGCAGACUUUAAGCAUGAUGCCGCAAGUUUGUGGGUGGAAAACGCAACCAGUUCCUCCUUUUACAUUUGUCUUCGAGAACUACAGAAUUAUGAUGGUCUACAUGAAGAUAUCUUUGUGGUAUAUGUUUUCUCCUUUAUAAAUAUAUCUGUCUGGCAUUUGCUAAAUCGUGGCUAAAGAAAUUUCAAGUGCAUUUUAACAAUUUGAUAUCUAAGUCGAAUGGAAAGUAGUUACAAAAUACUAGCUGACAACUUUAUUGCUGGCAACAGACGGUGAAUUUCUCUCUCAGAAGAAACAGGAUUUUUGGAUAAAGUAAACAACAUCUGAAACGUCCAGAAAUUAUAACCUUUUAGUCAGCCAAACCAUGAGGCCCCAUAGGCAAGUGUCUGCCGAAAACAGAUUAAGAAGCCACGAUAUUUGAGCACAGAAUAAGCUUUCUAAGACAAAAUCACCUAAACUAAAUACUUGUGAAGCGUUUCUUUUUAUGCUUGAAACCGUAGCCUGGUAACAAGAGCUCAACCACAUACCUCAAUUUUGUUUGUCAACGCUUUCGGUAAAUCAAUCGGAAAAACUGUCGCAUUCUGCACAUAAAUCGUCGAUAGAAACUUUUCUCGAGUCACACAGUCGAUUUAUUCAAGAUCCUGGAUGUAAACCAGCGGUUGAAAAGGAGACAUGGAGCCCCCGCCUUCCAAACAAUUUUUGACGAAGACGUCUUUGGCCUGGUCAGAGAUCAGCUUUCAAUUUCCAUCUCGCCGAAUAAAUUGCACCCCUAGAACCUCUUUUGUGAGGCCAAAGACGUUUUGCUGCCAACAACAAAGUUCGCAAUAUCCAAUCUUUCCUUCUCAAACCCGGGAUCAGUCUUCAUCCGAGUAGCUAAAUGAGACGAAAUACGAGAAGACGUAGCAGACUUUGCCAAUCGUGAGACUUGUUCCUUCGUAAGGCUUAAUGAUGUCUUCCGGACAGCUUUGCUUAAGGCAACCACAAAAAAACUCUAAGAAUGCCCACUAAGAGAGCCGUGUUCAGUCUAAAACGCGGGCUGACUUCAAAAUGGCAUACACAGAGAAUUCUAUAGGAAGUUAUGACAGGCGUUUUUUAAGAGGGGGGGAGGUUGUAGGUUAAUAGCCAUUGAGAAACACAUGACAGUCUAUCUAAUGCAGCGUAUUAUUCAGCCAACAAAUUCAACAAUAUGACGUUCUAAUGACGUCAAACGUCAUUGUGUCAAUCAAAUUGUGCCUAGACGUUGGAAAAUAUUUUAUUCUGUGUAAUUUUGGUGGCCGUAUCACGCGUAGUCUCCUUCGCAGCCGUUAUUAGAGUCGUCACGCAACGCUCCUCCCCACUAGUGGGGAGGAGCGUUGCGUGAGGACCCUAAUAACGGCUGCGAAGGAGACUAUAUCACGAGAGGUUUUAAAGUUAUAGAGGGGAGCCUCCAAAGCCAACCCACCCAGGUCGCAGGGAGCAAAAAAAAAAAAAACGGGUCAAUGAUAAAAUACGUGAGAUGAGUUCUCGCUAGCAUUGUGGAUACAAGUUACAAAUCGUCUUAGGGCACAUAGCUCAAUUAUUUUUACACGGGAUUUAGGUAUGAGAUAGCAAUCCAUUUUUUAUUGCUAUCACUCUUUUUAGAGUUGGAUGGCCUUUGAAACAAUCCACAGGCCCCUUUUCGCUGAGAGCAAACACGUAGAUUUUCCAAACAACAAUUCCGUUUCUACGAGCUACAACUUUACUUUUAAGUAGAAGAAAGCUCUUUAUCUGUUUAGAUGGAACAGUAGACUUGCUACAAGUCGACCUCUGGACGAAGUCGCGAGAGGUCGACCUUCAUCCCGCGCCAAAUUAAAUCCGACGAAGGACUUUUUUGAAAGUCUAAUGGGACAGCAGAGAAAAGCGGCUAUCAAAUAAGUACAUUUAGGAAUUUUAAAUCAUCUUUACGGCUGUAAAACUCCAGACUUUAUCCCAACUUAAUAAAUGGGAGUAAAAAUGAAGGAAGUUGACCAUGACUGAUCUCACAUCUAGUUGCCAAAUCAUGUCAUAUGAUCUUUCAAAAGAAAUGAGAUGAGGCCAAGAAAUGAACGUAUGUUUUGAAAGUUCAUCAAAGCCGUCGGAAAAAAAAAUCUUGAACAAAGAAAUGUUUUUCUUACUCAAAAAUUACCUGUUCCUUCGAGUCAGCGCAGAUAAAUUCCAGCCACCUAUAGUAUCACCAUUCAUUGAUCAAAAAUGGACGGUGAUUCAAAUGCUAUAUCAACAGCCUUAUUUUUAUGUCCUUAGGACGUUCCAUUUGCAAAGAAUUACGACAAAGAACCCAUAGUAUUAAUAGCAGCCGGUCACAACUCAGAGGGCAACAAUUUGAAGCCAAUAUACAUGUCCGUGACCCCAUGGAUUGAGGUAUUCUCAAGUUAUUUAACUAAUAUACAACGCUCUUUCUUCAAAAUAAGUAAGAUCAAGCUGACAACCCUGUAGGAAAUGUGCAAAUGAGCUAAAUUUCACCUUUCUCUGUUCAUGCAGCCUGUUUAUCAGUCAUAGUCGCGCAGCGAAAAGUACUAUCUAUUUGUCCAUCUGUUAUUCGAGGUCAGUUUUUUUUUUGUUUAGAUAGGAAUUCAAAAUGACUCAGUUACAGGCGUUUAAGCGAACGUCUCUAAAAGUUGAGCUAUUACUGUUUGUUCUUGUAAGCGAAAUAUGUGAUGCUAGAUGAUAUGCUUAUUUUACAGCACAUCAAGACCAGCGAAUUCCGCAUUUGUCUUAAGGAGUUGUUCGCUGACCAGCAUGAUCCUGUGACUGUGUCCUAUACAGUACUGGCAGGUGUGUUAGUAAAUGAUAAAAACAAAUUUUCUUUGCGAAGACCUUCUCAUGCCCAGCAGGCUUUGGUAGAUGUCAAGUAAACUUAGAGGCUCCUUGUUUCAUAUCUCCUUUAAGUAAUCACCAGUAAAUGUAUUUUCUUAGUUCCUACGUACUACAGGUAAAGGUUUCUAUUUCCAAAAACUUCUCGGUCAGCUAAGGCCUAAGCCAAACGUAUAUAGAAGUUUUCAUGGAACGAACCAAACUCUAAUUUGAGUCGACCUAACUUAAGUUAAUUAAGAUCGGCUGCUGGAUAACACGUCGAUCUUUAUAGGGCGCGUGGAACCAAUCAACUGAAUCAGAUCAGUAAUAAAAUUAUUUUCUCCCGAACGAUUUUAUAUAGAUUAACGAACAAUUUUUUUAAAAUUUAUUAGUUUAGUUCCUCACAUGUGAAGAUCGACGUUUGUCCUGGAGACGAUCUUCGGACGCUCUGUCCGUCGUAACGUGUUGGACGAACCAAACUCAUUCAGCGAACUUAACUGAGCCAAACGUCGCUAAGAAGGUUUCAUGAACUUAAAUCACUAAGUUUGGUUUGUCUCAUGAAAAGUGCGACGUUUGGCCCAGUCUUUGUUACGCACAAUUUACUUCACACAAAAUGUUUUGUAUACUGCAGAUGUUUGUAAGCCGGGCUGGUCAUAUUUUAAUGGUAUUUGCUACUCGACAAGCCAUUCGUGCAAAAAUUGGACCGAAGCUGAGAAAACCUGCCAAGCAUAUAGCGGCAACCUCAUCACUGUGCGGAAUCAAGAAGAAAACGUCUAUAUUCAGCAUCGGCUGAAUGGUGCCAGGGGCUGGAUUGGGCUAAACGAUAGGGUAAUUGAGGGUACUUUCGACUGGGCAGAUAAUCAAACCAGUAACUUUUCAUACUGGGCGAAGAACCAACCAAACAACUUCAACAAUGAAGAUUGCGUUCACACUUUGGGAGUCAGUCAUAGUUUUAUGUGGAAUGAUGUAAGCUGUGGUACUUGCCAUAACUAUACCUGUUCAGAAGGUUUGUGGGUGACUUACCUCUUUUAUAUACCAACUUUUGUACGCUAUAUACAGUUAAAAUAGUGUGACGGGACGCGUGAGCGUAACCCGUUUACUAUAGUGACAACUUAGUGUAAAAAUUUAAAAAUAUACAUGUACAAUAAUAAAAAAAAAAAGCACUUUAAAUAAUGCUCCAAAAGAAAAUAAAACUAUUCAAGAUAUCUAGGAUCUAAAAUGAUAAUUAUAAAGUCUGAUCUUUAAAGUUCUCUUAAGUAAAUUACUUAUUCGGCUGUAAAAAAAUUUAUUGACGACUACUUCAUAUCCACAAAAGUCCAAAAGAUGUUGAAGGAAGAGAGUUAAUAAUUUCGAAAGCGAUAAUCAUUGUUCAUGUUGCAACUUUAAGUUUAAAGUUUCUAAAGUUGUUUAGUGUUCCCGAGAGUACAGAAUUCUGCAUGUUAUAUAAAAAAACUCCCUUACUCUUUACUUUCGACCAACUGCUUCAGCUGGACUUCUAAGUCUGGGCACCACCCCCCAAGUACGUCCAUUAUGAUAUUAUAUUGUUUCACUUCAUAUCCUUGGUACUUCUGCUUUAACUCCAGUCCCAACGGAGCGGUUCGUAUUGCGUGGUUUUCUCCUCCUCCUUUUUCUCCCGGCUUGUAACCCAUGAGCAGCUCAUCUCAAGCGUUAUAACUUGCUUUAACUUGCUUUAACUCGUGUUUCAUAAUGCGAGCAUGAACUCUGUUGGCUUCAACUUCUUGGUGCUCCGCAAAUAGGGGGACAUCCCAGAACACUUGCGCAUCGUUCGCCUCGUACACUGGCUUCGGUUUCAGUGGCGGGUACUAAGGUGGCACCGAGUCUCUGACAAGACCUAGGUCUUGCAAAGUCUCGAAGAAAAGUAUCCUCAGGGCUGCAUUAUUAUGUCGAGUAAUGUACUUGUUCUGUGCAAGGGCAGUACAACAAGCCAGGACAUGAGUGACACUUUCAGGGGCCUUAUUACAUAGCCUGCAGGUUACCUCAUCCAUCACAUCCGUGUGCUUUUUCUGGCAGUCAUACAACCUCGUAGGUAUUAUUAUUAUUAGUAUUAUUAUUAUUAUUAUUAUUACUAUUAUUACAAGAGACUAUAAAGGGGACAGAGAGGGCAUCCCCCAUAUACACGCUAUUCCAUAGGUAAUUCGUCUCGAGUUAUUUUUAGAAUCGGGAUAAAGUUACCUCGCGCGAGGCGUGGAUGUUUCGUGGAGGUUUCGCAUGACAAAACGCCGUGCAAAACAUGUCGGGCGAGAGGCAAUGAAAGCGUAAAAAGAUCGAGAACAUUCCUGAAUAUUGAAGCAAAAUGAGUCGGCGCUGACCUGGGAAAAAGGAAUCGCUGGACUCUUUGACAACCCGUGAAAUCAGUUUAACUCGAAGUUGUCGUAACCUCAGUGCUUUAAUAAAAUGAGAAAUUUCGCCGGUCUAUUGAAACCGGUCGUUUGUACAAUUUAGGGAGUUUAAGAUCCAACGACGCGGACGACAACUAGAACGUCAAAAAAACAAUAGGUUUAAUUAGCAAAACAACAACUUCGCACGUGCAACACAAUUUUUUGUUCAUUUCCUUUCCGUUUUUGCACGACUACGACGUGAAAAUGCCUAAUUUCGCUUUUUAUGGAGGUCAUAAAUAAGCAACGACGAAAUUUUAUUUCUUUUUCUGAGCUUGAAUAUGGUCCCUUGAAAUUCAGCUUUAGGAGGGUUCGCCUACAAUUGACAAAGUAAGUGGGUAGGAAUAAUCGCUAUAAAGACUGAAAAAAAUAAACAUCAAACCAGAAAUUGCUCUCUUCAAACUGUAAAUUAUAAAUGAUCCUUAGAGAAUAUUCAGAGUGUUAAGGAUUUCGCUGCUCUACUGUUAGCUCUAUACAAGAGAGGAAGGGCGAUUCUUUUUUAAUUUCGGUUUCGCUGACACAGCUUUCGCAGAAAUCUCGCUGUAGUCGUUUUCGUCGACAAAAGGAAUAGCAAAAUCGCUCUCCCCGUCUUCUCCCAUUUUGUUCUGCGUCAUUUCGUGAAGGACGCGUGGCUCUCAGCGUGGGUCAUCCACGCGGAACACAUUCGCGCUAUGUGAUUGGCUGUUGUCUAAUCCCCCUUGAGAUCUGUGGUGUUAAAAAUAACUCGACACGAAUUACCUAUGGAAUAGGGUGUAUAUGGGGGAUGCCCUCUCUGUCCCCUUUAUAGUCUCUUGUUAUUAUUAUUACUAUAAACGUUUUCAAUGUUAUCAGGAGCCGAUAUUAUUAAUUGCUUCCUACACUCUCCUAGAACCGGCGCCAAUCCAUGGUCCUGAGGUACCAGGGGAGUUUUUUAUAUGAUGGACACUGAGAAACCUUCUCAGUAUGUGCGCCGUUCCUAGCAGGAUGAUCUUUUGCAGCUCAUUAAUGUUACUGGCUCCAGGAAUCUUACCUAAAUUCUGGCCCAUUCCCUCUCUAAUAAGUCCCAGUGCACCAACAAUAACCGGCACAGUCUCUGUCCUCAUUCCCCACAUUCUCGUGGUUUCAAUCUCAAGAUCUUUGUAUUUUAGAAGCUUUUCAAUGACUUUCGUGGCGGUGUUUCGGUCGGAUGGUAGCGAUACAUCUAUAAGUUUGCAACAUUAUUAUUGUUAUUGUUAUUAAUAUUACUAUUGUUAUUAUUCAUUAGUUCGUAUUCAAAAGCAAUUUCCGAUUUGCCCCAAGCCUGUUUCAAACAGACAUUAUAAAACUACUUCCUCAUGAAAGGGUUUGCUCUUGACCUCAUUUUGAAAGUGUGGGUUUUUAGAAAUCGAAAAUGGUCUAUUUUAACGUUUCCAGGCGUUAAGAGUUAUUUUUAUUUAUUUCAUUUGUAUUUUCAGAGAAUAUCCUAAUUUACUUUCACCAAUUUACACCUCAAUAACCAAUAGGCCAUUUGCACGAUGAUGUCAUUUACUACUACUUCCAGAAUCCUUCAGGGUAUUGCUUUCUUAUGCAAAUUACGGCUUUUGUUAUGUAAACCUCACUGGGAUUAGCAAAUUUAAAUAUGAAAGAAAAAACGAAAUGAAUUCUGGUCCUAGUAGUAAAAAAUCGUCAUCGUGCAAGUGGCCCAUUUCUUUGGCUUCUUAGGUGACAAAAAGUUUGAGUUUACUGUAAGGGGAUGUUUACAUGAGAAAACUCGCACCGGCGCGAGUUUCAUACCAGGAUGACUUUUUGAUUUCGUAUCGCGUUUACAUGACGACUGGGCUUUUUCGUAUCUCGUUAGUUGAAGGUACACGUCAUGUUAAUAAAAUACACGUGUGAUUCAAAAUCGCAAACAUAACGCAUGCUCUACCCGUUUCAGUCUACCGGCAGAGCGAUUUCACACCGAAACGGGUGGUCGUUUCGCGCUUACAUGAUACCGUUGCCAGAUUUCGUACCGGAGCGAAAUUCUCGCCCCGGUACAAGAACCGGGGUGAGCUCACGCCGGGGUGACUCGCGCCGGCAUGUCAUUUUGUGGUGGUAUCAUGUAAACAAAUAUAGAGCCAUGAGAGGGAACCUGAGUGAACUCGCUCCGGGGCGAAAGUCGCCCCGGCUUCAUGUAAACACCCCCCAAAAUCUGUUUGUUGCAGAAAUAGUAUAAAUUAAAGGAUUAGUCUACAAAGAAAAAUAGGCACUACUUUUGUGAAAAAGAAAAUUAGACGUCACAAAAAGGAUCCAUAAGUAGGUGCUUUUAGCACUGCAUCACCCCUUCAUACACAACAGUUUUCGUGCUGAUUAAAUCAUAUGAGCAACGAUUUUAAUUUUUAUUCUUUUGUUAAAAAAGUUGAUUGACAAUCGAUCGUUUCAUUAAUUGUUUUGCCGGUUGAUUGACUGAACGAUUGUUUUAUAUUCGUUUUUAAAAUUAGAUUAUGAUGAAUGUGGAGGAAACAAUAACCGUUGUCAUCAGAACGCCAUCUGCACAAACAUCAUUGGCUCCUAUAGCUGCCGGUGCUCCGUAGGAUAUGCCGGUGAUGGCUUGCUUUGCAGAGGUAUUAUGUUCAAAGCCCCAAGUUUUAGUUUUUCGUUUAAUUCAUGAAGCAUAAUUAUCAAAGGAAACUCAUCCAAUGGUAAACAGACAUCUCUUGUGAGUUUAAGGCUAGCUACAACUCUGGUCAAAACGUCUUGGGACACUGGAGGAAAUUUGGCACAAAGACACACUUUGCUAAAUUAACUCAUAUUCUACCUCUUAAAAAAGCUUGGGGAUGUUGUUAUAAGGGGCUAUUUCUGCUGUCCCCCUCUCCCCCAAGCAGUGUUGAUUGUGUUGAAUUAAAACUUGAAUACAUAACGUCAACACUGCACCGAGGGGGAAGGGUGGAGGGAAGAUGCCUCAAUUUGACGAGCUAUUGCGUUAGUGUCCCAAGAGUUUUGACCGGGGUUGUAGAAUAAAGUAGAAUAAGCAUGCUUUCACCGUAAAAUUGCGUGAAAAUGUAUUUUCCAAAAAACUCUUUAGAGGGUUUUUAAAUACUGAGCAGCGUAUAAUAGUAGUGAAAUAAGCGUUUAAAUAUAGACUGGAAUAAAUUAGGAGGGAAGUCUUCUCAGCAACUUCUUUUUCCAAUUUCAGAGAUAAUAAAAUUUGCACAUUAUUUCCUAAUCUCUAUGAAUAACAGCAAUAAAGUUGAUUAACUAUCCUUAUUUUAUAGUUCAUAGGUAUACAAACCAUCCUAUAACUUUAAAUGCAGCCCAAAAAGAGAACUAAAGUUCAUAGAAAAAGAACAUGUACGUACGGUUGUUGUAUUUCCCUGCAAUUUCAAAAUCUAAGCUCUUGUAGACUUAGUAGCUUAUCGCUCUGGUUUCAACGUUCUCGACAAACCCGAGUGGGGUUGCUUGUUCCGCAGGCUAAAGCUUUCGGGGAUUCAUUAUGUGAGGCUUUUUUUUUUGUAUACUAAUGGGGCCACCAUUCCAGAAGCUUCAAAAUCCGACGGUACUUUCUAAAGAGAAAUUUUUCUUGCUUCAGAUGUCGACGAAUGCUCUUCAGGUCACCAGUGUGACAGCAGUGCGACAUGUUACAAUACAGAUGGCUCCUACACGUGCACAUGUAACAGCGGCUUCACGGGGGAUGGACGAACCUGUCAAGGUACGAGCCUUUGAAUAAAUACUGAAUACUGUAAACGACAGUUCUCUAAAGCUUUUCGAUAAAUUAGGUUGGCUGCUAAUAGGUGACAUCAUACGUAUAAGGAAACUUCUCAUACACAAAGUGGGUCAAGAUCUUCGUCCUAAUUAUUUCACGUCCUUUUUGAAACAUGUCCGUUCUUCACAUGCUCAUAGUACUAGAUCCGCCGCCAAUAAACACGUUCUGCCACCUCUCUGUUAAAGAAACUCAGGACUUAGCGUAGGAAGUUCGCAACUGUUUGUCGUUUAUAGAAUAAGUUAGGUCACUCAUGUAUAGAGACGUAGUUUCCGACGCAAUGUUCAGAAAAACACUACAGGAUAAGUUUACCAGUUAAGACAACGCCUCAUUAGCACAUUUUAAGGUUUUCAGAUCCUUUCAGACAUUUAAGGAAGUUGUAGAGUUUUUCAUUUUUAUGUCAAAUUUUUUCAUAACUAGUACCUGUUGUGUGGAGGUCCAUUAUAAAAGUACCCGGUAAACGGUUAUGUUUCCACCCUCGUUUUUCUUGUUGUUCCUUCCUCUUCUUCUACUGAUGUCGUUUAAGAAGAAACAAAAAGCAAACUGCGGUGAUAAACAUGAGGAAAUAUAAAAGGGAGAAAAAAGACUUUAACUUGACUUUUCGUGUGUUCCAAACAUAUAUUUCAUACAUUUUCAGCCGCGGCCCGUCCCCCUUCUUAUUUUUAGGCUGAACUGAAGCCCCUAGCGUUAAGUAAAAUCAAUUUCUCAGCCGAGCUCUCUUCUUACUUGCAGAUCUGAAUUUGCCACUGUUUACAUGCACAGAAUUGAAAUGCAUCUCUUCUCAGUGGUCUACUACUGUUCUUGUUAGGUCUUGAAAAGUCAGUCACUCCUAUGACUAAGACAUUCUUUGACAAAAAAGAAGAUCCAGCUUGAAAUAAAUAAAAAUCUUCUUAUCUUCCAGAUGUUGAUGAAUGCUCGCUCAACACCCAUGACUGUCACUCCCAUGCAAUCUGCACUAACACAGAAGGGUCAUUUACUUGCAAGUGCGACGUGAAUGCACAUUACAUUGGUGACGGGAAAACAUGCACUCCUCAUCGUAAGCCGAAUUAUAUGUUUUACUUCAUUUUGUUCUCUUCGUUUUACCACUCUGCCAAUUGUUAACUUCUACUCUGUGGGAAAAGGUAUCCACCAAUAUUUAUGUCGCCAAAGAGCGACCCCUCACCUGCCUGUCGAUUAUCUUGAUUAUGCUUUGUCCCAGAAUAUACUCUUAAUGAAAUUUCAAAUGCACCGCAAGCGAGAUUUUCGUGCUUAUUUUUUUGGUUGCUUCUGACUUUCGUGGGUACUUUAAUUUUGAGUGUAUUUUACGCUAACCUCGCCUAUAUUUUUAAUAAGUCAAUAGUUUUUGGUUUGUUUUGUUUUGUUUUUUUCAGGUAUAGCAAAUACUUGAGUCGGUGUCAGUUUUCGAAAUACAGCAUCUUUAUCAGGAUGAAUUUCUGAUUUACCUUCUUUUUACCAGGUGAUCUCGAUGACUCCGUUAUUUUAGCGAAUGAUGCCAGCAAGAUAUCGCAGUUAAAUACCUGGCUUCUUCCGCACUUGCAAAAUCCAGAAAGAAGUUAUUGGAAACUGUGUUAUAGGGCCUCUAAUCAUGGCUGGAGAUCACGGACCUUUCACAGCUAUUGCGAUAACAAAGGACCCACUGUAACAAUUGUUAGGGUCGGGAUCUAUAUUUUUGGAGGCUACAACGACAAUUCAUGGCAGUGUAAGUCUUUGAAAUAGCUAAGAUAAGAAGAAGGUAUCGAUUAUUUGAACUGAAUUAAAACCGGGCGUUAUUAACCCCAAAUGCGAAAGGAAGGAGAGACUGGGCCUUUACAAUUUUCGCAAAUAGUUCAAAACAAGUCUAGUCUUGACUAGAUUGUCAUUAAUCACUAGCAAUACUGCCAAUUGGAGAGGAUUGUAUAGUAAGAGUUUAAUCAAAUACUCGCAACCUGACAAUCUAAUCCAAAGUCACAACAUUGCUGAAGCAUGAACUGCAUUCUAAAAAUUUGCCAUUGUUAUUAUUGAGAAAAAAAAAUGACAACCAGUAGCUUUGAUUGGCACAAUCUGGCACAUUUUCCAUGCAUUAUCGGUGAUGACAACUGUUAUAGCCACUGGUUCCUCCUUGUACAACGGCUUGGCCGUGCGUUUUCUUGUACGAUCGGGGAUUAGACGUAUCCAGAUCUAGAAAAAUAAAUGUUUGUCCGGCUUAAAACGCGUCAAACAUGCCACCAAAAAACUGUGCUGAGUCCUCGGGCUGCUUUAUUUAUAAUUUAUUUAUUUAUUGUUAUUAUUAUUAUUAUUAUUAUUAUUAUUAUUAUUAUUAUUAUUAUUAUUAUUAUUACUAUUUUUAACAAGCGCGUUUGAGGCUGCGGGGGUAUGGGGCUUAGUGGAGAAGGUCUGGCUUAGUGCUGCUGUACUGCAGCUGGUUCUACCAGGUCUUUUUCUUGAAAACUGAUAAGGGUGGGCCGCCGUUUCUUUUAAAUGUUCUAAGGGAAAAGCCCUGGGGACGAAAUUUGUGGUAACUUGUGAUGCUCCAAUUCAUGAGGAUUUGAGCGUGAUUUAUGUGGUCUUUCACGCAUCGUAUACUACGUCCCUGCUCUCGGUAUUUACUAACCCGCCACCGUUUCCUAAAAAUACACCAUUUAACAGCUGUGGGCUUAGUAUCCUAGACUUCGAGUGAGUGCAAGACUGAGGUUGACCAUGAUAGAUAGAUAGUUAGAUAGUUUGUUACCAAUACUUUGCUGCCCAAAGGCUGAAUUGCGUAUUUACAAAAGAUGCAAUUGAUAAAAUGUGUAUAUAAAACUAAUUACCGUAAAUAAAAAAGUGUGAAAAAUGUGAUAAAAAGUCUAAAAAUCUACGUACAGGAUCAAAUAAUAAAAGUAUUCCUAAAACGACCUGUCUUGCAUUUAGGCACAAUGAAGCGCCUAUUGCACCUUAGAGCAUAACAAUGAUUUCAUACAAACCUCCUUUGUUUUCUUAUGGAAAUUAUACUUAAAAAGUACUUGUUGGAAUGAAAAAAACCACGAUUUACAUAUUAAGAAAGCAGAAAUUGUUGUAUCAAAGCAAGGUCCACUCCAGCCUCGUUUCCAUCCAUAAUUGUAAAAUGGUCUAUUGAACUCGACUGGGUUACAUUGUUCGUGUUCUGUUUUUUGUCUCUUCAGGGUCUGCUGGUUAUCAAUAUUCGACAAAUACCUUCUUGUACUCACUGGAAAACUACAAAGGGUAUGGAUACUUCAAACAGGACAUAACCAACGGCUACUAUGGCGAGGCCACUUACAGCUCUUAUAAUUAUGGUCCAACCUUUGGUGGGGGCCAUGAUAUGUAUAUUGCGGACAAUGCGGGAGGAAAUACCCAUUCUGACUUUAAUUGUCACUCGUACCGCAGCGGUCCCUAUUGUGACAAUUACCUCUGGGUUGGAACACGAUACGGGAAUAAUUUCCGCCCAGAUGAGUUAGAGGUUUAUUAUGAAGUGCUUGCUUAA